AUGGUCGUUAAACGCCCUCUUAUGAGGGAGAAGUUCACUUAUCUUGGCGAGGAUCAGGAUCGGCUGUUUGAAGCAGGCUAUAAGAAUGAAGCAUCGGAGGAUACAUGCGAGCGUUACGACAUGGGAAAGUUGAAAGGAAGACUAGCACGAGGUACACCGGACCCUGUCGUUCAUUACGGUUUGAUCGCGUCAGGUAAUCAAGUCAUGAAGGAUAGCGCUAUGAGGGAUCACUGGGCUCAAAAACUGAGAAUUAUCUGUUUUGAGAUGGAGGCCGCUGGCUUGAUGGAUAUAUUGCCCUGUCUUGUGAUCCGAGGAAUUUGUGAUUAUGCAGACUCCCACAAGAACAAACAGUGGCAGGAGUACGCAGCCACGACUGCUGCAGCAUAUGCAAAAGAGUUGCUUUUAACAUCUGUUGUUGAGGCUGCCAAGUAUCGAUUAUCAGGUGAUAGAGUUCCGACUGCCUUUUUCUACUGUGAAAUCGAUCGGCCCGAACUUCUUGAGGCAGGUCACAUCAUGGCUAGUCUUAUCAAGCAAUUGUGCAAAUUUCUACUCUGUAUCUCUCAGGAACUUCCGGGAAAUGUUGCCGCUGAUAUUGAAAGAUUCUACGGACCUAAACGAGUGAAACCCGACUUUGAAAAUCUCAAGAAUAUUUUUGUUCGCCUUUUUGACCGUGUCCCUAUUGAAGAUCGUAUCCCUGCGCUCCACGUUGCAUCAAAGCUAGGGUAUCACGACGUUGUCCAAGUCCUGCUGCAAUACUGCGAUGUUAACUUGCAAGACGUUGAUGGCUACCUGGCGUUGCAUCAUGCAGCAAGCAAAGAACAUAGAGAAGCUUCAAAAUUGCUUAUUACAGCUAAGGGGGCGAGAAGUCCCCGUCUUUCCAAGUUGAAAUGCACUCCCCUAUGGCUAGCAGUGACCAACGGUCACGAUCAUAUUAUGUCGCUGCUUCGACAAAACAACGAAUACAUUGAGGCAAAAGACCUUACGAGUCAUAGUACGCCACUCUUGCAGGCUACGAAGAAUGGCCACUGCUCAACAGCCGAGAUCUUGAUUAGAAGAGGCGCAAAAAUCGAUACAAGAGACCUUUCAAGAACAAACCCUUUAAUCGAAGGGGCAGAUCCAGCAUCUCAAAAUUAUGAUCUUGGUCGCACUCCGCAGUCAUGGGCUGCAUUGAAUCAUCACGAGUUAAUAGCAGAUGUGCUAGCAGAAAAGGCUAAGACUGGGUCGAACCUUCGGUCUAUCGAGCUUGAGCUACUGCGUGCCACCGAAGGUGACGAUUUAAAUUCACUGAGACGUACCUUGAGCCAUGCCCAUGUUACGGGAUAUAUUGAGAAAACCACUUUACGAGCGUGCCUGAUUGAAAGUGCCACAGGGGUGAACAUGAGCGCAACGCAGUAUCUCCUUAGCAUGUCAUCUCCCAGAAUUGUGCAUGCCGCGCUUCUGCGGGCCAUAAAAACCAAUCAUGAUGGCAUUUUACUUAUGCUUCUAGACUUUGGGGCAUCGCUGAACAUAAGAUGCGCAGGUGGCAAUACCCUGCUGAUGACAGCUUCAUUGGAGGGUUUUCAGAAUGCUGUUGAGGUGCUUAUCGCACGAGAUGCUGACUUGAAUGCGAAGGACUAUAAUAGGCGAAACGUUUUGCACAAAAUGGCUUUUGACGACUGGCCUUAUUGGGGAGAAGACCUUCUCUAUACAAUACUUAGCGCUGGUUGCUCGCUUCACAAUCGUGACAGUGUGGGCCGAACUUCGCUUCAUUGGGCUUGCGCCACUGGGAAAUAUCGAAUGGCACAGUUGAUAAUAACGAAAUCAUCUGGGCCAUCACCAGACCCUAAUGCCUUAGACGACAGAAAUCCUAAUCUUUCAAAUGAUGAGGGGGACACGCCCCUUCAUUUCGCAGGGAUUCUGGGCUUGAUGAACAUUGCUCAAACGCUCCUAAUGUCUGGAGCAAAGGUAGCUAUACAGAACGUUAACGGAGUCACGCCUCUUCACAUUGCCGCUCGUGCUGGGCAAGCAAAUGUUGUCGAGCUCUUGCUUCAAGCAUUACCACUGCCUCUGCUAAGAAAGUUGGAAGAAUUAAAGGACCGACAUGGCCAGACGGCGUUUUCGCUGGCUACUACAAAUGGUCACGAAGCAGUCGCCGACCUAUUGAUUUAUGGCGGAAUUGGCACUUCUAGCAAAUUUACAAGUCCCUCAACGUUCGGUUCACCUUCUAAGGAGCUCUCCCGCUCAGUUUCGGGUUCUAAAGACCUUGAAUGA